AUGUCUCUCUUGCUCCUACUCCCGCCUCCUUUCAAUGCAUCUCCCACGGCUCCGAAUGAUCAAAAUGUGCCAGUGAUUUUCAACUCGACUACGAAUGUUAUCGUACCCCACUGCUACAUUCCAGAUGGCCAAGACACCCCCGGAAUUCGUCCGACCAAUCUGAAAGGGUGCCAAGAUGCCCUCGCAGUCCUUGUCCGCACACCAGACUUCACAACACGCUUUCGCUUCAGCAAGAAUCCCAGAGCAAUGGCCAAAGAGGUCCCGGUGGGCUGGCAGCUGAGCCAUGAGUCGGAAUGCAGAAUUGUGGUCAACUGCGAAAACGAUCGCGACACGGCUGUGUUUAGAUUUGCUGAUGUUGCACGAAUUGCGAAAUUGAUUAUGGAUAACUGUGUCGGUAAACCAGAUCCUUCUGGGAGAUACCCGCUACUGGAAUGGGGUGGCGUCCAUGGAAUUGCGGAGGAGGAGACAUUCUAUGUGGCUGUUGGAAGGCCUCAGUCUUCACUGGAAUUCAAGGUGUCGAAUCAGACGGUGGUCACCAGUGGGGGACUGGUUGACGGAGGCGUUGAGUCCGCGUGA